UUUCCCAUAACAAGGACCUGAUCACUCCCUGAAGUCAGACUGUGGCCUGCUAAUCUGCCCUGACAUAGGCUCUUCUUGAGUCCUUAUCAGUCUUCCUCAGUGGGUCAAUGUUAUGAAAACUUGGGGAGUCUGGGAGAGUUCUGCCCCCUCCCAGGCUGCUAUCAAAGGGCACCAGGGGCCAUGAGGAAAGCAAACAUUCAGACCAAAGCCAGAUGUGGAACUGAAGCAGCAAAAGGAAACACAAGAACAUCAGGAGCAUAUUUCUGCUACUCAUUGAGGAACAGCGGGGCUGAGAUGGAGAGUCGCGAGACUGAUGCAGAAGUGGUCUAUGCUGAGUUCAUCGUAAAAGUGGGCAGAAUUACUUUUGGAGAAGAAAACAGGAAGAAGAUGACCGAUGCCUGUCUGAAGAGGACUGAGAAUUCAAAAAUCAUCCAGGCUAUCUGCGCUCUGCUAAAUUCUGGAGGGGGUGUGAUCAAAGCAGAGACUGAUGAAACCUAUAAUUACCAGCUGCAUGGGCUGGGGCUGGAUUUGGAAACUUCGUUUCAAAAGCUUCUUCCCUCGGGCUCACAGAAAUAUCUGGACUACAUGCAGCAGGGACAGGAGCUCCUGAUUUUUGUAAAGUCCUGGAGCCCGGAUGUUUUCAACCUCCCACUGAGGAUUUGCAGUUUGCGUUCCAAUUUAUAUCAGAGAGAUGUAACCUCUGCUACCAACUUGAGUGCCAGCAGUGCCCUGGAGCUUCUAAGAGAGAAGAAAUACAGAGCUCAAAGAGGCAGGCCAAAGUUGCAUCCUCAGAAAGUUCUCCAAAAAUAUGUUCAGAAAGAGAAAGAUAUGAAGACACCUGCCUUGGAAUUUUUAAAAAAGGAUAAACUCAUAUAUAAGGAGAAGCUCAACUUUACAGAAUCAACACAUGUUGAGUUUAAAAGGUUCACUACCAAAAAGAUUGUACCUCGGAUUAAAGAGAUGCUGCCUCGUUAUGUCUCUGCUUUUGCCAACACUCAAGGGGGACACCUAAUUAUUGGGAUUGAUGAUAAGAGCAAAGAAGUGUUUGGGUAAGAGAAAGUGAACCCUGACUUAUUAAAAAAAAAAAUAGAAAACUGCAUAGAAAAACUGCCCACGUUCCACUUCUGUUAUAAGAAGCCCAAGGUGAAUUUCACUACCAAAAUCUUGAACGUGUACCAGAAAGAUGCCCUGCAUGGCUAUGUCUGUGUGGUUCAAGUAGAGCCCUUCUGUUGUGUAGUGUUUGCAGAGGCCCCGGAUUCCUGGAACCUGAAGGACAACUCCGUCACCAGGCUGACAGCUGAGGAGUGGGUAGUCAAGAUGCUGGAUAUUCAGUCUGCUCCUUCCAGUCUGGAUGAAAUCUACAGUACUAACCUGCUCUCAUCAGCUUCAUCUUCACUGAGAAGCCCAGCAUAUGCCAUAAACGUCCUGAAAUUUAAGAGGGCUCUGCAACAACAUUUGUUUCCAGUGACGCAGGAAGAAAUACAUUUUAAACCAGAAUCCCUCUGUAAGAAGCUAUUCUCAGAUCAUAAGGGACUGGAGGAAUUGAUGAAGACACAGAUACACCCUUGUUCUCAGGGGAUUGUAAUAUUUUCGAGAAGCUGGGCUGGUGAUAUUGGCUUAAGGAAAGAGCAGAAGGUUCUGUGUGAUGCUCUGCUAAUAGCAGUUAACAGCCCCCUGGUACUCUAUACGAUCCUAACAGACCCCAGUUGGAUUGGAGGACUUGGAUAUGCCCAAGACACAGCUUGUCAGCUAAAGCACAAACUGCAAACUGUCGGUGGCUACACAGGGAAAGUGUGUGUCAUUCCCAGGCUGAUGCACCUGGCCAGCACCCAGUGUAGACCUGCGGAAUGUCUCGUGCACUACCCCCAAUCCUACAACCUUGCCAAUGAGCAUGAAAUGGAGGACUUGUUACAGGCCCUUGUGGUCGUCUCGCUGUGCUCUCAGUCUUUUCUGAGUGACCAGCUGGGUUGUGAGUUUUUCAACCUGCUUGUGGCAGAGCAGUGUGAAUUGCUGUCCAAGAGCCUUCAGGAAACCCGGGAAUUGUUCAUCUACUGCUUUCCAGGAACCAGGAGGACAGCCUUAGCCGUAAAGAUCAUGGAAAAAAUUAAAGACUUGUUCCGCUGCGAACCAAAAGAGAUCCUCUAUGUCUGCGAAAGUGACUCCUUACGGGAUUUCGUGACCCAACAGACCACCUGCCCAGCUGUGACCCGGCAAACUUUCAUGCGAGAGGAAUUCCCAAAAACUCAACACAUAGUGAUGGAUGAGACUGAGAAUUUCCGCAGUAAAGAUGGGAAUUGGUACAUAAAAGCUAGGAGCAUCACCCACCCAAAGGUGGAGGGGGCUGGAAGUAAAAACCUUCACCAUGGGAUCCUCUGGCUUUUCCUGGACCCUUUCCAAGUCCAUCAUACAGAUGUCAGUGGCAUUCCUCCUCCUUCUGCUCAGUUUCCUAGGAAAACGAUCACCAAUGGGGUCCACUGUGCUCUGGAAAUAGCAAAGGUCAUGAAAGAAGAAAUGAACAGGAUCAAAGAAAAACCUCCUUCCAACAUGUCUCCAGAUAUAUUAGCGCUGUUCCAGGAAGCUGCCUAUGAGGAAGCCAUGUGUGCCCAGGCUCUGCCUGGGGUAUAUGAGACAAAGACCAACCUGACAAAAGAUCAGAUAGCCAACUAUGUGGCAGAAAGAUGUCACAGCUUGUUCCAGUGUGGCUAUCUACCCAAAGAUGUGGCAAUUUUGUACAGCAGAGGAGAGGACCGAGGACAUUAUAAACCUGCACUGCUAAGAGCAAUGAAAUUAAUUAAGAUCCACGGAGCAAUAGAGGUUGUAUUCAGCCAGGCUGCUGGUGUUCGGGGCGAUCUCAUUGUUUUAGACAGUAUUCAUCAGUUUUCAGGCCUGGACAGGAAUAUCGUGUUUGGGCUCAGUCCAGAGUGCCCCCAGUCAAAGGAGAUUUAUAAACUCUGGUUUGCCUCAAAAGCCAUUAGACACCUCUACCUGCUUUAUGAAAAGGGGGAUCCCUUCUGCAAAUCAUUAUGA